UUCCGAGCUUGCUCGCUCAUGCACCCGCCGCAAUCCCUCGCAGUUGCAGGGUCGCAGCAGCAACGAUGGCGAUCGAGUCGGCGAAGUGCGUUUGCUGCGGCCUGCGCGAGGACUGCACCGAGGAGUACAUCGGCAGCGUGAAGGCCGACUUCGACGGCAAGUGGCUCUGCGGGCUGUGCGCCGAAGCCGUGCGCGACGAGCUCAGCCAGAGGCAGCGGAGAAGCGCCGCCGGAGUCCUCGAGGAGGCCAUCACCGCCCACACGGCCUUCUGCAGCAAGUCAUCCAGCUCCAAUCCGGCCAACAAGGUCGCCGACGGCAUGCGGCAGAUGCUGAGGCGGAGAUCCGGCGAUCUGUCCAAGCCCGCGUCGCCCGUCAAGUUCGGAUUCAGAAUGGCAAGAAUCGGCGACUAGGUUUUCCGUUCAUUCUCAAUAUCCCUUUCCUUCUCUCGCCCGCUUCGACGUUUCUAGUUUCUGUGUACAUAUUUGCUCAAUGAAAUUGCUCUUUUCGAGGAUGGCAUUCGAAA